AUGGCGCCCAUGGCAAAGUUGAAAAAUGCGUCUCUUGAUAUCGAUCUUACAUGUGAUUUUGAGUCUUCAACGAACCCUACAUGCGGCUACACGAGACUUAAUGGAACGUUUCAGAGAGAAUACAGAGAUGAAGACGUUACAGGUUAUGUUCUUUCUGGUAAUGGUACAAUCAGGUCCUUACCCAAGGCUUUGACUGGCAAUGAGGAACUAUGCAUGAGUGUCGACAUAAAAGGGACAUCUGAUGGAGAACUAGUGGCCAAGGCUCACAAUGGAACUGUAACGAAAGCAAUCUGGCCGUUUUCUGCCUCAACUACCUGGAAAACAGAGAAAUUCAUUUUAAAGAAAGUUCACUCUACAGAUACAGAGGUCCAACUUGAGCUUGAGUCAUCCGGGAAUGUAGAGUUAGACAACAUAACAACAUUGAACUCUUCCGAAUGUUAUGGUUUGGCUACACCAUGUUUCAAGCGAAAUCUUGAAAACGGAACAAUUUCUCCUGAGCAGGACUUAUACAGUGAGGAUCAAGAGGUGCGUUACUCUUGCAGCAAUGAUUCCAAAUUAGAAGGGGGACAGACGGGAACCUGCAAAGCUGAGGGGUCAUGGUCCACAACACCAGUUUGCACUCCGACUACACCAUGUGCGAAGCGUAAUCUUGAGUACGGAACAAUUUCUCCUGAGCAAGACUUGUACAAUGAGGAUCAAGAGGUCAGUUACGCUUGCAACAAGGAUUACAUUUUGGAAGAAGGACAGACGGGAACAUGCAAAGCUGGCGGUUCAUGGUCCACAACACCUGUUUGCACUCUGAGAAGGCCAGCUGUAUUCAGCGACGAAACAAGCUAUGUCUCUGCCACUUGAUAUUUGGCGUCCUGAUUUUCCGUCUUCCGAUGCUAGUAACACACAUAUUAUUGUUGCUGUCAGUCGGGACCCGGAAUUCAGGCUUCAAGGGAUUUUUAAUCAUCGUGCUUAUAAUGAAUAUAACGGAGGCAUCUGUGAAAAUGAAUUGUAACUCUGUCUAUUGAAUGAUCGAUGAACAAAGACUGUAGAAUUACUGUAGUUUAAUCUUAAUUGUUAAUCACCCCAGUAGCUUUAUCAAAACUUACUAUUUCCACAGUUGAACAACCAUAAGAAAUACCCUGUUCAACCUUACCAUAAUACGUACCUACAGAUAAUACACACAUGUAUUUUAGCGCGGUUUCCGCUCCUCUCUUUCGUUGCGGGUGUUGGAACGUUUUAGGCAUUCUUCUGCUUUUUGUUAUCUAUAUAUUGGGAUUAAUAUGUCGUUUUAAAUAUUUGUCGUCCAACGGUUUGCCAAUCGUGGUGUACUGUUAUUUGACAUUGAAGCAUCAUGAUGUGAUUAUGAGAUAUAAUUAGGGUGCAGAAUACCUAUUAAUAACGUGUUCAAGACGGGUAAUUUAAAGAUACUUUUAAUUGAUAAAAUCCUUUAAAACGUCACAUUGAUAGAUUGGCAUAAAAGCUCGAAGAAUAUUAAAUUCCUACUUUGAACAAGGUCCUGCACGGGGAUAUACUUAUACUUUGAAAAAUAAGUAUCGUUUGUUUUGACUCUGCUCGAACUGGGAUAAAUAGAUCACAAGGAGCCUGAGAUACAUAGAUCACAAUCGGCCUGUUGGACGGUUGCAUGUUCGCAUGAUAUUUAAGAUAAUAUUUGAAACUACAUUGAAAAGAGACCGAUGAAUCGGUGACUAUGUUCUCUUAUUUACUCCACGUAAUCAAUUCCACUAAAUUCAAAACUGACGCAUAUAUGUUGAAUCGAUGCGAUUAAAUGCUCACUUAUUCAAAUUGUCAGUCUGUCGGGCUUUUCUUAGGUAGGAAUUUCAAUAAAACUGCAUUCCCUGUUAGAUUUCUACUGAACUCACCUUUUUUUGUAGAUGUGCUCAGAAAAUGUUUGAAUUUAAUAAUAUAACCCAAUUUGAUUCUUUGUGGUGUAAAUCAUUUUUAAAUGUUGGCUAUAUGUAUUAUUCAAAUAUAUAUUUCACGUUCAAGAAAUUUCAGUGAAUUACAAGAAUGUUUAAUACUUCCUAGAUAAUGGCUUCGUAUUUGUAACUUUAAAAUAUUUACAAAGUUUCAAAAAUUAUAAAAAGACAUCGUCAUUUUAUAAGUCUGGGAAAUCAGGGAAAAUUUGCAAUCGAUUCUGAUCUUAUUUUGAUAAUAAAAACAAUGGUAAAUGCAAUCUUUCUUUAAUAAACAGUUACGAACGGUCAGUAAAAUUUAUGUUUUUUCAAUUUAUAAGGAAGUUUCGACUUAUAUUGAAACCAUUGAAAAUCUACAAUUCUGGCAAAUUCAGACUCUCUCUUUCGUGGGAACUUGGCCAACUGUUUCUCCACAGACCGUAAAGUUUGUCAUCUUGCAAUGAAUCGUUUUAUGCAAAUUAGAUUCAUUUAGUAAACUCAAAAUUACCAUUUAACAAAAGUACAGAAUAGUCUUGAUUUUAACGUAAUUGGCCGGAAUGGAUUUACAUUACUUUUUCUUUCGUUUUCUCUAUUUUAACUUUUUUUACCGACGAAUACCUUUCCAGAAGGCCGCCUCUCGAUUAAAAGCACUUUGAGUAAAAGAUGUGUCGAGGAUAAUUGUUUUUAGAGUCGUUCUUGACUAAAAGAAUUUGCAUAUAGUUUUCACAUUUAUCGAAUCCAAUUGUUGUUAACCUAUUAUAUUAAUUGCUACGUCCAUAUAUUUCGAUGGAUAUAUUUCUCCCAGAUUGGAUGAGCUCUAUAUUUAAAAGAUUUUCGCUGAGAAAUCUUUGACAACUAUAAGGUGUAUUCACCCAAACUUUUGUGUCUGAAUUUUCAAUUUGUAUUUUAGAUUUAAAUUUGACAUGUUUUUCAUUAAAUUAAAGUUUCGUUGUGACCUGAAGAAAAUAUAAGGAAUUCAAUUUUAUCAGAAAACUUGAAUUAUUUACAGCAAUUACAUCAUUGUCUUCGCUUUACAAUAAACACGUUUUAUUACCCACACCCCUGUCGACAUAUUUAUUUUUCUUGUGUGUUAAUUAUUAGGAUCGAUAAUUCUUUUAUUUUAUUUCCUCAGGUAUUUUAUAUGUUUGAAUUGGUUUGAAUCAUUCCAUAAAUAGGAUAUUUUACAAAAAAGUCUAUUCCUGAUUAUUUAAGGUAAAAUAAAGAUGAUAAACAAAUUGAAAUUUCAGUGUGAUUUGAACAAAAUGUAAGAAAAUGUUAUCGAAAUAAAAGCAAUUGCAGCAUUGUCUUAUCUUUAAUCUCUAAUAAUUCAAAUGCCUCCUCCCCCUCUCCCGGGCUUUUAAAUCAUGACAAAAAAAUUCAAUUUCUUUUCUUUUCUUUUUUCUUGUAUGCGAAUUAAUGUGAUAUACAAUUUUUUCAUUAACUUUGCUCUGGUAUUUUAUUUUUUAGAUGUUUUU